UAGUAUACACUCGAUUUCCCUCGUUCGCGUGCUGCGCAGUGUUGGCAACUUUCUCCGAAAAGUCAAACUUCUGUGAAAUUCAACUUCAGUGAAGGCUACCCGGUGCUGUAGCUGGAAUCAAGUGCAUGAUCUAUAUAUCUAUAGGCAACCUGCUGUAAUUCAGCCAAUAACAUAGCGAGUUACAAAUUCGGUAAUAGGACAGAAAACAGCGUCGAGUCGAAUUAUUUUUAAAUUCCUUCUCUAACAUGUCGAUUAGCCUCUAUUGCGCCUAAAGGUGUGUGUGUGUGUGUGUGUGUGUGUCAGGCAGUCUCUCUCUGUUGCCAAUCACCACUCCUACUUUGUUUCUCUGCAUGGAUGACAGAUAAUCAUCACAGUUCACUAUGAGGAGGAUGGCGAAGGAUCUGCAACCAGCCGAGCAACGGUCUGGGUGGAUCUCCAGUUGGCUUCCAUCCUGGUGUCCCACCUCCCUCUCUCAGCUGAAGGACGCAGAAGACAAAAUGCUCAAAUCGGUGAAGGCCCCAUUCUCUAGGCAGCAUGUCCGGAUAUCCAAUGGCAACUAUCUCUGGACCUUAGCCUUCACCUCUCACAUCAAGCCCCAUCCCUCUCUCCCACCCCAGCCUCAGCCCCAGCCACAUAUCUCUCUACCACCCCAUACCCAGCCCCAUCCCUCUUCUCCACAACCCUCUCUCCAGCCCCGUCCUCCUCUGGUGCUGCUCCAUGGGUUUGGGGGUGGUGUGGGUUUGUGGGCCCAGAACCUGGACUCUCUGUGUGGCAGUGGAGCCGUGUAUGCCCUGGAUCUUCUGGGGUUUGGACAGAGCAGCCGGCCCCUGUUCAGCGUGGACCCCCAGGGGGCAGAGGAGCAGUUCCUAGGGGCCCUGGAGGAGUGGAGGGACAGGGUGGGCCUGGAGGAGAUAGUCCUGCUGGGACACAACCUGGGAGGAUACCUGGCUGCUGCUUACACACUUACACACCCACACAGGGUAAAUCACUUGAUCCUGGUGGAGCCCUGGGGGAUCCCGGCCCGUCCAGAGAAUCUAGAUCAGGAGAAGUCUAUCCCAGUGUGGAUCAGAGCCAUGGGGGCUGUCAUGAGUCCCUUCAACCCCCUGGCUGGACUUAGACUGGCCGGACCACUGGGUCCUAUGUUGCUCCAGACCAUCAGGUCGGAUUUUAAACAGAAGUACUCUUCAGUGUUUGAUGACAACACCGUAUCAGACUACAUCUAUCAUCUUAACGCACAGACACCAAGUGGUGAAACAGCGUUUAGGAACAUGACAGUACCAUAUGGUUGGGCUAAGAGACCAAUGUUAGAUCGUAUUGGACAGAUCCAACCAGACAUUCCAAUAUCCAUCAUCUAUGGGUCCCGAUCCAGUAUCGACAGCGACUCGGGAUACACUAUCCAGAAAAUCCGACCAGACGUGGACAUCAUCGUGAUAAGGGGAGGAGGUCACUAUGUGUUUGCUGACCAGCCAGACGACUUCAAUCAGAACGUUCUUCACAUCCUGGCCAGGAUGGAGGGAGAUAAGGAGAAGAGGAGUGGUGUGGAUGAGAAGGAAGGGAAAUGAGGAGGUGAGAGGAGAAGAUUGAGGGUUAAAUAAAGAAUGGCAGAAGAGAAGGGGAGAAGAGACAGUAAAGGAGGGGGAGAAGGAGAGAGAAAUGGAGGAGUUGUUACAACUUCUUGGCUCUGAGGAGUAGUAGGACGAUUGUUACGUUCAGACUUUGAACACACACUUUCCUCACUGAGGACAUACUAGCGCUAGGCUGGUAUGCGAUGGUUAGAUCAUCAUUUUGUUUUAGGUUGAUAUGGGAGGGCUUGCUAAUGAUCUAUGCUGACAUAAACUGCCGCUGGUUCAUGUGGACUCCAAUGCUUCCCACAGUUGUGUCAAGUUGGCUGGAUGUCCUAUGGGUGGUGGACCAUUCUUGAUACACACGGGAGACUGUUGAGUGUGAAAAACCCAGCAGGGUUGCAGUUAUUGACGCAAACCGGUGCGCCUGGCACCUACUACCAUAUUCCAUUCAACGGCACUUUAAUCUUUUGUCUUGCCCAUUCACCCUCUGAAUGGCACACAUACACAAUCCAUGUCUCAAUUGCCUCAAGGAUUUUAAAUCCUUCUUCAACCUGUAUCCUCCCCUUUCUCUACACUGAUUUAAAGUGGAAUUAACAAGUGACAUUAACAAGGGAUCAUGGCUUUCACCUGGUCAGUCUUAUGUUGUGGAAAGAGUAGGUGUUCAUAAUGUUUUGUACACUCAGUGUGUGGGCCGCUAUAUGAUAUAUAUAUUACCUAUACUACAUCCACCUCUCAUCAGUAUGCCCCUGUACAGCCAGUGAAGGCAAUGUUGUGUAUAUCAUCUUUGUAAAGAAAUGUCAAAUGUAUUGUUUUCUUAAAUAUAGAAUAAUGUACAUGGAUGUUUUGCCUGUUGACAAAUGUCCAUAGUAUCGUGUCUCAAAGCUGUUACCAGUAUGCUAAAACUUUAUAUUCACAGAGUAAGCAAGGGAACAGAGAGACCCCCCCAAAAAAAUCUAUUCUAAGAAACUGUUGAGCAAUGUUUUAAUGCUUGAGGAGGGAGAGUUGAUCCCAAAGGAAACACUUGUUUUCUGUGGUGAACUAGUAUAAAGUUGACUGGGGUUUUUCUUUCUUAUUUGACACUUCACCCAUACUGUUGCCUAACUAACCUCCAUAGGCAGACUGGUCCAGUCUCCCGUCAUGUUUGAGACCGACUAUUUUGCAGUCCGCGACUACUGCCUGACUGAUCUACAAUUACCCUGUAUCCUAAAUAACUACUCAUUAAGAUUUAUAGAUCAGUCAGUUCCCUCUCACGGUGAUCAAUAAUUAAGCGAAUUUGAUGCUCUUGAACAUGACCUCUCUCUACAGAGCCAGCUCUGCAAAUGUACCUCACAACAGGAUAAAGGAUAUUUUCAUCAAAAUAAUGUUCUUUAUGAUAUGAGGACUGGUAUGGAGGCCAUAUUAUUUACUAUAUGUUCGCAUUCUUCUCUUUUAUUUCUUAUUGUUGUCGUCGUUGUUGAGAAGGAACCUAUAAAUAAUGAUUCCAAUGGAAGGUCUAUACCGUGUGUAUCCUGUACAUACAACUAAUAAAACCAACUAUUGGAUGUUU